AUGAAGAACAGGUGUUGGACAGUGGACCGCCUGGCGCCGCGAGGCCUACCGCAUCCGGAUGCAUGCUCGUUCUGCAACCAGCAAGUGGAGACUUUGGACAACAUCGAAUUGACAUGGGUCUUCGCAAGGACGGUAUGGAGGACCUUGUGCACCACGAUCGGCAAACCGUCCUGGACGCCCACGGGCCACGGCACAUGA